AUGUCGAGCUCACCGACUCCCGAGAUGUGGUCGUCAAUGACCAAGCUGGUGCAAUCCUUCAUUCAAAAGCCAGAUGCCGAACCCUUUCGAGAGCCUGUUGACUGGCAAAACUUGGGCCUGUAUGACUAUCCCAAAGUGAUCAAAAAGCCCAUGGAUUUGGGCACCGUCAAGAAGAACAUUGCGGACCGCAAGUACAAGACACUCGGGCAAGCCAAUCAAGAUGUCCGGUUGGUCUGGAAAAACUGCAUGACAUACAAUCAAGAUGGCAGCGACUUUUACCUGCUCGCCAAAGGUCUCAGCAAAAAGUGGAACGAAAAGGCAUCCAAACUAGUACCAGUGGAAGACUUUGACAUUAGCACCACUGAUGACAGCGUCACCAACGACGACAAGCGAGCAUUUGCCAAGAGCCUCUACAAGGUUUCCAAGGACGAUUUGGGCAAAAUACUGGUCGAAUUGGAGAAAAGGGCACCUUAUACGUUGUACAAGAACAGUGCCGAAGAUGAAAUCCAAAUGUCUGUGGAUAAAAUUCCGGCGGAGCUGUUUGUAGAUUUGCAAACAUUUCUCAAGAAUGCCAUCAAGGGAGAUGGUGGUGGUGGCAAAGCUCGAAAGCGAACCAGUGGAGGAAGUGGCAGUGGAGGAGGAAGCAAGCGACAAAAGGCGGCGUAG